AUGCUGAAUCAUUAUAUGGAGGCUGGGGUGUGUUUCAAUGGAGCUUUUCAUUGGUUAUGGAAGGUAAAUACUGUGGUCUCCAAGAGGAUAGUCUCACUGAAGAUGGGAGAAGAAAAAUUUGAAGAAAAACUACCAACAGAACUACCCGAAGAUCAAUAUUAUAUGGAUAUGGGAGUGUUGGAAGGGCGCCUUUCUCUACUUUCCACAUUUAAUGAAACUUUUGGAGUAUGGAUAAUGAAAGAUUAUGGAGUUCAAGAAUCUUGGAGUAACCUUUAUACAUUAAGAUUUGACAGCAUUAUGUGUGUUCCCCGUUAUGAUCUGCAUCUUAUGGGUCCUUCCAGAAAUGGUGAAAUUCUGUUCAGCCAGGUGGAUAGUGUCGUUUUAUAUAUCCGGGAGCAUGGAACUGUAAGAAAACAAAACAUUCAUGGUUUAAAGGCUGGAGGAGCAGUGAGUUAUUAUGAAAGCUCGGUUUCAAUAGACUCUAUUAUUGCCGCCGAAAGAAGGAAAAAGAGAAAAAUCACAAGAAACUUGAAGAAGAGUACGACUAAGAAGAGAAACAGGUGA